AUGGUUCCAAAAAGGGAUCCAGGGGUUGUCGCGAUCAUGCUCUUGGCCACCUUAGGGCUUUACUUGGUGUCUCUGGGAGAGGAAGUACCAGAUCCCCUCGAGGAUCGUUUCGUGUUUCGCGUCCUUACAUUUCUCCACGUCCAAAUGUCUGAAUCAAGCGAGGCCACCGGCUGGCAGCAGGUGCGCCAUUACAAAGACCACCUAGGCCAUCCUGUCGUCCUUGAACAAUAUAUUGAAGAAGGCUACGAUCCCUAUUCAAGCCAUCUGGUCCCCAUCCAGAUUUACAGCACCGUCCUCUUAGACACAGACCACAAAAGUUUGCGCGCGUAUCUCCUGCAAGGAUUCUACAAUGACGCAGUCCUUCCUCUAUUUGAGAUCUACUCAUUCUGUCCACCCGAUGCGUUUGCCUGCAUCGAACACAACCGCCGGGAAAUUGCAUAUCGCAAAUCCCAGCAUCGUCUGAAAGUCCCCAAUCCUCCCCCGCUUAUUCCGCGAUUUUUUAACGCAUGUAGCGACAGACCGAUAGGUCGAUGUCUCCUUUUACGGUCUCACAGCUACCGUCUAGGCUAUGUUGGCGACUGGGACCUAUACAUCGAAGCCGGUAGUGCUCCGGACGACCUUGCCUUCAACCGCUCGUUCUCCAGGUUUCAAGCUGAUGUGGUCGAAGAGCAGCGGAGAGCGGACGGUGAUGAUGAGCUUGGCCUCGCCGGGUUCGAACUAUCGAUCGAACGUAUUCAGUGCCAGAUCGAUGUCUCCCAGGUUAUAGUGGCAGAUAUCUUCCCUAAUGCUCAACGCCCGGAGCUUGAAUAUGCCUUGGAUACGGAUGAGGGUGUUCUCGCCAACGCAGAGCUGCCUCCUGAUGUUGAAGCAGAGAUUCGUGAACAGCUGGAGAAGCAGUCAACGGAGAUCAACUAUGCAGUCGAAUCUACGUUCCGCAUCAUGGAUGAUGACGCCGGAGUCGUGACUGUUACCAAUACUUCCGAGGGAGAUGACGCUGACCUGCAAUACCUCGUCUACGCGCCCUUUCUCAGUCACUGGCGCAACGUCCCUCAUUCAUCUAUACCUCUCCUCAAAGCUACCGCUCGCCUUUUUCAUCAUUCGACAUCAUGGUCCUCCAUCAGACCUGCUCACAGCCACCUCAUUCAGACCCUCAUAGCGCCUUUCCCUGUCGGUGCCCGUCACACCAUCACCGUUGCAGGUUCCUCGAGCGAGAUUCACCGCAUCUACCCCCAGUACCUGACUGACACCGUGGGCGCCGCUGAGCGCAUGCUCACAAACCCGUGCCGGAUUCUUGCAGUUGUGUUAGAUCGGCCUAACUUUGUGGAGGAGGCAGGUGUCUACUUCUAUAUGUCGGAGUAUACGUCCUCAGUUGAUAUCCCGCCUGAAAUGGAGCCUCAACCAGAUGACACGGAGGUUUGGCGUGUCGUGGGGAUGAAGGAGGUUAGCGGGUUAUUGGGAAUGGUAGGGGUUGGCAAGGGAAGGGCUGAGUGA